AUAUCAUGCAGGAGUUGCGUGUGAAUAGUGGUUUUGGUGGCAUUGUUUUAAGUCCUGUUGGUAAUCGAUGCGUCUCAAAAGAAGAUAACGACUUAAUAAAGAGGAAAGGAUUAGCUGUUGUGGAUUGCUCAUGGGCACGCCUAGAUGAUGUACCAUUCGUAAAGCUGCGAUGUGGUGCCGCUCGCUUGUUGCCAUGGCUAGUAGCUGCAAAUCCAGUAAAUUAUGGUCGACCAUGCCAGCUAUCUUGCGUAGAGGCAUUAGCUGCUGCUUUAUUAAUAUGGUAUUGUGACUCCUGCUAGCUACCAUAUUGAAUUGUCUUCUAUGUAUGUAAUUAAAAGCUGAUAAAUAUUCUUUUCAAUCUUCUAUUAAGUCUACAUUCCCAUUGAUUUGAGCCUAUGCCCUGUAGUUUUAUUUUAGAAUGGUGAAUACUGUGAAUGAAUUCUGUUAGAGAUGCAAGGCAUGCUACUACAUAGUGGUCAGAACACCUCUCUCCUUGACAGCAAUACCAUUCUGCUGGUGUUCUUGUGGAGUACUGAUUUUAAUUAGUUCAUCAAUCAUCUAAAACCUUUCUGAAGAACGAAUUCUUUUUUCCCUUUCUUUUUUUUAAUUUUUGGUUUGAAGAAUGUAUUCUGUUUAUCCUACUUCUGAAUCUUUUUUGAACUUCAAAUCUGAUUUGUUUCUGAUAAAACAAAUCUUGUAUUUUCUAUCUCUUCUUCUUGACAGUGGUGAAGAGGAAACUGCAAAUUUGUUGUUAGGCAAGUUCAAAUGGGGUCAUGCAUUCCUGUCUCUCAACAGAGAGAUACUCAAGGCAUAUACUGCAUGUGAAAACAGUGCCGAUAUCAUUUCGGUGCAGAAUUCUUGGCUUUCCCAACAAAGUCAGAUACCAGCAGCUCCUCAAGAUGCAGAAGGAGGGGAUGCCAGUGAGGAUGAAGGCUCUGCCAACGAUUCUGAUGAUGGGCUUCCUCCUCUUGAAAGGAAUAUGAACCACUUGAAUUUGCAGGAGAGUGAUGAUGAAAGCGAGUAGUUUGGAGACAUCAUCUGGUUAGCGAGAGAGUAAAACUAGGUUGUUAAGACACACACACACACACACACACACAAAAAAAAUUCAUUAGAAAUGUCUAUUAUAUGAACAUGUAUUCAAUUUGCUGAUUCCAUUUUAAAAUAGCGAGUGUAUUGUUACUCUGUGUGGAGAAUUGAGAGUGAUAGGGUUUUAGCCAUUUUGCUGUGCCCUACCUAUGGUUUUUGCUUUAAUUUUAGUAGGCGGGAUAAGUAAUGCUUGAAGAUCAGGAUACAAGGGUGCUACCCUUCUAUUAGGAGUUUUUUGUGUUUACCCGAGGAAUUUUGGUUUGUCAGGAAUGGAGAGGAACAACGACCAGAGUAAAAUCUGGUCCCAGCGACCUUGUUCUUGGUGCUCUUAUUUUGUGUAUUAGAUUUUUAUUUUUUUUUCUUCAAUUUAUCUGAGUAUAUCUAACCAAAGAAGAUUACCAUUUCUUUUCUAAAAUUUUUACUCGUACUUAGAACUUUUUUUUUUUUU